CAGUAGCGACACUAGCCGGUUCGACCGUGACCAAAUUUUAGUACGCAUGCGUGAAUUUGUACAUUUAACAAUAUGGAUGCGUCCAGAGUACAUGUAUUACAGAAAAGAGUAAUAUAAUCGUCAUUAAAAUGAAGCGUGGUGGAUAUAGUUGUGCUAUGAAUAAUUGUUCAAAUAUUUCUGGACGGGGACAUAAUAUCAGUUUUUUUUAUUUUCCGAAAGAUCCAGAUAGAGCAAAAUUGUGGUUGGAAAAAUGUAAUAAUAGCAAAAUUAACACGACACCAGAAAAUUUGCACAAAAAUUAUAAAGUUUGUGGUAAUCAUUUUAAAUCGUCAAUGUUUUUAAACGAUUUGAAAAACAGACUUCAACCACAUGCAAUCCCCGAACCUAUAAGAAAUGAUAACGAUCAAUCAAGUGAAAAUAAUGCAACAUCCAAUUUGAGUGAUAAAUCUGAAGAAAAUACAUUAAUAUCACAUAAUAACAAUAAUUUGAUAAGUAACGUGCAUGAAGAGGACCAUGUUGAAUCAGUGUUGCAUGUACAACAUCAGUACACUCAAACAGAGUCAAUGAUUUCCAAUCAUUCCCCGCGCAAAACUAUUUUGAGAGGCCGAAUUAGAGCAUUACAUCGAUAAGUUCGAAAAUUAAAACGACAAUUACAACGGCAGACAAAUAAUAUAAAAAUAAAAAUUUGUGCGAGGAAAAUUUCCUUAGAAGAAUAUUGUGAAGCUACAAACGAAUUUUUACGACCAUAAGGUUGCAAAUUUUGUGAAAACUCAAGUACGACUUAAUAAAUAUAAGUCAGCUAAAGGACGAAAAUAUUCGCUUCCAUUUAAAAAGUUUUGUUUAGAUAUUUUGUUAUG